AAGAAACUUCUUUCUCUUCUUGCCUUAUAUUGACCAUUGCCAUUGACAAUCAAAAGCUCUCUCUUUCUUCUUUGUCUCUAACCUGGAAAAUCUGACAAGAACAACACGGAUAGGAGACUAAACUUGCUUUCAAAGUCGCAUUUACGGAGCAAUGGAUAGUGAUGAUGAGUUCACCUUUUGUCAGUAUGCCUGUCAACCAAGAUGGUGUUGAGGCACAGAAAAUAGUGCAAGAUAUUGGUGGAAUCGAUAUAAAAGAUGAAUGUGCAGGUGGUGCUGGUAUUAAUCACAAUCAGAAUAGUGGCAUCCUAUGGAAAAAUAAGUUACCCAGUAAUGCUGGCUCGCAAAAGGAUGCGACAGUUGGAUCUUUGUCUUUUAAUGUUAUCGAUGCAUCACCUAACAAACAAACGAGGGAGUUUUCCAAACAAGAAGCAUCAAAAGAUGUUGGAAAUUCGCUUAAGGCUUUACAGGAACUGAAGAAUCCUGCAAGGAAGCCUGCACCACGCACCAAGGUUCCUUUUGAGAAGGGGUAUAGCCAGAUGGAUUGGCUUAAGCUUACCCGUACACAUCCUGACCUGGCAGGGUUAAAGGGACAGUCAAAUAGGAGGCAAAUACCUAUGAAUGAAGUUAAGCAACAUCAAGUAGAAGGCUCCAUGUGGACUGUUCUUAAAGGCCACGUUUACAAUCUAGCCCCAUACAUGAAAUUUCAUCCAGGAGGUGUUGAUAUUUUAAUGAAGGCCGUCGGAAAAGAUUGCACCUCUUUAUUCAAAAGGAGGACCUAGUUUUAUUGAAUUUGGCUGCUGCAGGCUCAUACACAGUUUCAUGGACUGCUAGGGAUGAUGAUUUGAAUACACCGCAUCUUUAGAGCAUAAAAACGGGGGUUAUGACUCAAGUACGUGAAGAAUAAGCUUAUGAGACUGUAGAAGCAACCAAAAUGGCUCUGUCCAUAGCAAUUCUUUCGACAAACUAGAUUGUCAAAAUCUCACACUUAUUUGUGUACUAAUUAUUUCCCAUGUUAGGCAUCACUUCUUCUGGGUCAGUCAUCUGUAUGUGAGAGCAUUUCUUUGCCAAAGGGCUGAAUAAAGUGUGCCUCAUUUCACAUGAUCAGAUGGAAGUUUCUCGGGGCGCAACUUUUGCAAGUCAACUCGAGUCUUAACCUAAAAUCUUCAGUUGACAGUGAUUUCCAAUACUUGGCCUGGGAUUUUUGUAGGAAAUCUAGUUAGAGAUAAAACUGCUCUUAAGAAUGAUGGCAUAGGGAGACUUAUAAGGGAACCAACCUAACCCUAACCCAGGUGAAUUCUAGUUCAACCCAAAUGACGCUAGAAAUUUCAAUUCGAUUUGUGUAACCUAGGAAUCAUAUACAAAUUUCAACCAGGGAAUUAAACCCAAAUUUUGGCCUGACUUGUAUAACUCGAGUUCAAAAAUGUAAGAAUGGGUAGUACUCAGGUUGAAGAGUUCCGUUUGAUUCAGUCUGAGUUUUUUAAUUUGGGAAUGAAUCCAGGUUGACCUGUCGAAUCCAUUGAACCCACAUUGCACCCUUUCAAAUUUUGUUUCUAUAAAGAUUGUUGAUUUGAGUGUUGAAAUCCUUGAACACUUUAUUCAGAUAAACACCACGCUUGGGUGAAUGCUGAGUUCUUACUGGAGAAGUGCCUCGUCGGUACUUUGGAUGAUAGCCAGUGAAAUGCAACAUAUUUACUGUAAUCAAGAGAUUCUCUGCCCCGUACAUCAUUCCCAGCAUAUUUGGCUUGACAAAAAGACAAGCAGCAUCAUUUUUAAUUUAAACUGUAGAGAUUAAAACCUGAAGGGGACAAUUGUUGAAAUUAAAACUUGAAGGGGUGAAUCGCAAACUACCCAAAGGUGAAUGGGUGUCCCUAACUGUUGGAAUAAUAAAGUGAAUUGCCAUAAUUUUUUUUUUUUAAAUAAAGGAGGAACCUCCUUAAGGCAGGUUACAUUGGAUUCAUUCUUGUAUUUGUAUGAGUAAAACUCUGGAUAUUUGUACUAACAAACAAAUCAUAGAUAUCAUAUAUAUGUUUGGGAGACACCAAAGAGGAUUGAA